UCGUCUAUCUGAGCUGCCUCAUGCCGGCGGUCGGGCCUGACUGUAUUUGGAGAAUCCUCCCUUGUUUCUGGAGCAAGAGGCGGGCCUUUGGAAAGCAGGAAUGCGCUGGAAGUUUUCCUGCAAGCUCCCACUUCACAUGUUGAAGAGUCCCGCGUCUCGAUAUGGACAUGUGGCCACUGGUGCUCCUGUUCGUCCAGCUCUGCUUCUGCUCCGGUUAUGAAGGGUCAGGACAGUACGCCUACGGAGAUGACGAGGACUGGUAUUCCCGUAGAUAUAAAGGGACUCCGUGGUGCACGCCCAUUAAGGUGAAACAUGGGGAUGUGAGCUGUCGCACAUCCAGAGGAGAACACUACAGGAACGUGAUGGGGACUCGCUGUAAAAUCCGCUGCAAGCAGGGAUACGAGUCCCAGAGCUCAGAGGUGGUGUGUAUGGCCAGCAAACACUGGUCCUCUAACUACGCCUGCAGAGAGAUCCGAUGUCCCAAGCUGGACAUGCCCGUUAACGGCGGCUACAAGUGUUCAGACGGCUCCUACUUCAACUCUCGCUGUGAGUUCUUCUGCUCUGCUGGAUUCAGUCUGAAGGGCCAGAAGAUAGCAACCUGCCAGCACAGCAAAUCAUGGAGUGCCGGAGUUCCCAUCUGUGUUGAUAUGGAUCCUCCAAAAAUCAAGUGUCCUAAUCUGAAGGAUAAGUGGGCAGAGCCAGGAAAACUGACAGCGAGGGUGACCUGGGACACACCAGAGGGUGUAGACACUGCAGAUGGCAUCCUUACAGAUGUUACCCUGAAAGGAAAACCUUCAAAAUCAGACUUCCCAGAGGGCCUCCAUAAGAUGUCCUACACUGUGUUCGACCGUGCAGGGAACAAAGGAUCCUGUCGCUUCACUGUCCGAGUGAGAGUGCGCCGCUGCAGCCCACUGUUUGCCCCUGACAACGGUUAUAUGAAGUGCGACAGUGACGGAGACAACUAUGGUGCCACUUGUGAGUUCACUUGCACCGGCGGCUACGAGCUUCAGGGCAGCGCUGCCCGAGUCUGUCAAUCUGGACUCACCUGGUCUGGCUUAGACACCACCUGUGCAGCCAUGAACAUUAACGUGGGAGUGCGUACAGCUGCUGCACUGCUGGACCAGUUCUAUGAGAAGCGACGGCUCCUCAUUAUCUCGGCCCCAACGGCUGCCAAUCAUAACUAUCGCUUCCAGAUGACUAACUUACAGCACGCUCAGUGUGGACUGGACCUGAGGCAUGUCACAGUAAUUGAGCUGGUUGGGACUUACCCUGCACAGAUUGGCCGAAUUCGACACAGGCUGCUCCCUCCAGCACUGGCCCUGCAGAUCAGGAUACUGCUACGGAUUCCUCAAAGGUCUUUCCAAAUGGUGCUGGUAGACAAGCAGGGCAUGGACAAGCAACGCUACCCGUUCCCGAUCACAUCGGCUGAAUUAUUCACCACCAUCGACACCUUCCCCCUCCGCAAGGAUGAGAUGGUGCUACAGCAGGAAGCGGGCCAGAACUGUCAAUCAUAAAACACGUCCACGGACUCUCAGCCAUUGUUGAUCCUUCUCCCUCUCAGUCACAGCAGACAGAUUUUCUGUUUCUAACAUGUCAAACACUACCUGAACUCAUUUAGUCUGGUUUCCAGUGUGUGUCUCUGUGUGUGUGUGUGUGUGUGUGUGUGUGUGUUGAUCUGAAGCAUUAUUGAAAGAGGUUGACUAAAUGGAACAGGUCAUACAGUACAUUAAAAUCAUAUUGAUUCCUGUGUCUUGUCUAUUUGUAUGUUUUAUUAUUAUUAUUAUUAUUAAUAUUUUCAAACCAGAAAUAUGUUUUACUAUUUUGUACAAAAAAAGUAUUUUACUGUAUGAACUGGGAAACUCUUCGCCUGUUUAAUAUUUAUAUCUCACAUCUUUUAAUAAUGAUGUACACUCUCUGGAAUACUGUGUGUGUGUCUGUGUGUUUAAUGUACAGGAGAGUGAUGCUGCUCUGUUACCAUGCUGUACAUCUAUGUCUGAAUUUACAAGACACUGAUUAAAUGUUUAUCAUCAA